AUGGCAACCAUGCAAACUCGCCGCCAGUACAGCCGCCUCCGCGCGGCGUUCUUCGCGUCCGGACUGCUUGGUCGGUUAGGAAACGGCAUGCAUGUAGUCCCGAGGAUACAUCUGCAAAACCCCCUUAAAGUCGUCGUCGAGUACGUCAACCGACUCUCGAUCGCGGCCCCGGUGUUGAUCAAUUGUCGCUCCCCCGCCGUGUGGGACGUCUGCAGCGGCUUGAGCGGCCCGCCGCUGUCGUCCGAACUCAAAGCGUUGCUCCAGGUCGUGUGCGACAAGGGCAACCACCUGAGCACCCUCGAAGAAGUCGCGCGGGACUGCAUGGCGUCCGCGUAUUCGUUAACAGAUGUCCAUGGCCACUUCCCAGUUGUGAUCGUGUGCGAUCACUUGGCUGGCAAUGACGGCGUCAGCAACUUCGUGCUCCACCGCCAAUUCCGCGUCCCUUUGCCGACGUUGGUAGAGGCCACACCUUCGUCCUACUUCUCGUCCUAG